CAGGUGCGCGUGCGCCGCGGGACCUGCCCCCGCCGCGCCACGGCCGUUUCUUGCGAGCGGCGGCCGCCUCCUCAGAGCUGCGGGUAGGCCUUGGAGCGUGCAGGGUCGCUCGGCGCUCGAGCUCUUCUUCUUCGGCAGCCCGGCCGGGCGGCCAUGGCUGCGCGGCGACGGCGGCCCGCGGCUGGCGCGGGGGCCCGGGACACGCUGACGUUGCUGGCGCUGGCCUUGUGCGCCCCCGGGGUGGGCGGCGGGGCGCUCGAGUGGUACUCGGCCGUGGUGGGCAUCGAGUACGUGGACCCGCUGUCGAACCAGACGGUGUGGAGCGUGUCCGAGAGCGGCCGCUUCGGCGACAGCUCGCCCAGGGAGGACAAGCAGGGCCUGGUGGGCGUUCCGCGCGCCGACGGAGACGAGGAGGGCUGCUCGCCCGACACGCGCUUCUUCGCGCCCGGCCGCCUGGGCGCCGCGCCCUGGAUCGCGCUGGUGGCCCGAGGCCGCUGCACCUUCAAGGACAAGGUGCUGGCGGCGGCACGGAGGAACGCCUCGGCUGUGGUGGUCUACAACCUGGAGCACUACGGGAACGCCACCGAGCCCAUGUCGCACGCGGGAACGGGAAAUACAGUUGUCAUUAUGAUUAGCUACCCAAAAGGACGAGAAAUUUUUGAUCUGGUGCAAAAAGGAAUUUCAGUAAAAAUGACCAUAGGGAUUGGUACUCGUCAUAUGCAAGAAUUCAUCAGUGGUCAGUCUGUGGUGUUUGUGGCCAUUGCCUUCAUCACGAUGAUGAUUAUCUCAUUAGCAUGGCUAAUAUUCUAUUACAUACAGCGUUUCCUAUAUGCUGGCUCACAGUUUGGAAGUCAGAAUCAUAGAAAGGAAACUAAGAAAGUUAUUGGCCAGCUUCCACUACACACUGUAAAGCAUGGAGAGAAGGGAAUUGAUGUUGAUGCCGAGAAUUGUGCAGUGUGUAUUGAAAACUUUAAAGUAAAGGAUGUUAUCAGAAUCCUGCCAUGCAAGCAUAUUUUUCAUAGAAUAUGCAUUGACCCAUGGCUUUUGGAUCACCGAACGUGUCCAAUGUGUAAACUUGAUGUCAUCAAAGCCCUGGGAUACUGGGGGGACCCUGAGGAUACACAGGAGCCCAUUCCAGAAGCUGCCCCAGGAAGUGUUUCUGUUGGGAAUCUCAGUGUGACAUCCCAAGAUGAGGACAGGAGUGGAGAAAGCAACCUUCCGUCAUCUUCCUCGAGUGACUCUGCGCCACACCGCCCCAGUUUUAAAGAAGAUGCAGGGGAAGACACAGCGUUACUAGAUGAUUCUUCCUAUGGCUGCUGAGGAAUGAUGACAAUAAAAGGCCGAAUUGCAGUGUCUCCAUCAACAGUUUGCUCUCUAUGUGGGCACACGAUGACAAAACCUCCCGAAGCGAAUCACUGUCUGACCUCAGUAAUGCCAGGGUGGAAGCUUCCUGCCUAUGGUCAACUUUCCAGGAGGAGCUAGGAAAAGCCUUCCCACGCUAAGAAAAAUAAUCAGUGUCUCAGACUAACUACCCUGAUCAAGCAGAAUCAGUGUUCCUUUAGAUACACUUACCAAAUCAAGGACUGCUAGAAUUGUAAAAGUAAUAGUAGCCCUUCCAGAGUAAGAUAGCUAAAUUGGGCAGCAGUUUCCUUGAGGCAAGUUGAUAUUAUUUGCUCAAGGAAGGAUGAGGUUUAAUCAGUGUGUAUCUAUUAUUAGCUGGAACUUGAGGACACUGUUUUGAGACAAAAGCAGUUCUUAAGGUCAGGAAAACAUUGCUUUGCCAUUUCCUAAGCACUAGGUGUUGGCCUGAAGCAGAGAUAGCUUUGUGGUAUAAUGUGAUGUGUUUCUCUGGCACAGUACAUUAGAAAAGCUACCUAUGUCUUUUUUUUUUCCCAGCUCAAUCUUGCUUUUAAAGCCUUAGAAACAUCAGCAUUUCAUUUUCAGAAAUAGUUUGAAUCACUCAUUAUAGUGGUAUCUGCCACACACUUUGCUGAGACUUCUUUCUCAGCAAAGUCUAGAAAAUCAUGAGUUGAAGUAUCUGUGCCCAUUCACUGAAAAUAUAAGGUCAGUCAGUCUCUAUGACAAAUGGCAGGUUACGUGCUGGGCUGAUGACAAGUCUGAGAAAAACAGUAUUUUCUGUGGGCCCAUUGUAGUAACCGAAUCUCAGGUUUGUGUGUCAGUUCUUUUGUAAGUCUUGGAUGUUCCUAAUGUAGACAGUUUUCUUAAUUGCUAAUUUCUCAGAUAAAAUACCCCUGUUAACAAGACCUAUUCAAAAUAUUGUAGACUGCCCGGUAGAUCAUAGAUUUCUGAGAUACACAAUUACUAUGGAAAUGUUACCUAAAAUAUAUGAAGUGUGCUACUUAAAAUUAGGUAUGAGAAUGUGUCCUAUAAACUUAGUGAUCUCGUUUCUGUAAAAUUGAUAAAAUUGGUAAUAAAUGCUGUUGAAUAAUUUAA